UAGCAAAUCGUGUAUUUAAUUUUAUACUUUUACAAGUGGUUUAUAAGGUGCAAAUAAGGAAAUAACAAUAAAAGGUAUUUGCGAUACUGGUGAUCUUCUUUUUUAAGUUAUAACAAUGAGUUUUAGAGACUUUAAUUUUGACCACAGUGAUAUUGAUGUCGAAGUACAAGAUUUACAAGAGCUUAGUGCGGUCUUGGACUGUAUUGGCCCAUCAAGUAUUGCAUCAACAUCACAAAUUAUCUCUCCGUCCAUUAAUCACGAUACAGUUGAACCAGAUUAUUCAAAAAUAGAUGAAGCAUUAUCACUGAACAAGUUAGCCGACGAAAAAUUACGUGGGCUGGAAAAAAUUCUUAUGUUACGAUUAAACGAAUGCAAUCAUAAAUUAAAAAGUAUUGAAUCUAAAUAUAAGAGAAAUAAGUUUUUUGACAAAAAUGAAACAUUCAGGUACGUAAGCUGUGGAAAACCAUAUUUUAAAGAUAAAUCUAAUUUUACACCUCCUCACAACAAAGACACUAUUACAAUGUUGAAUAAUGGAAUGUAUAACUUCUCAACAAUAAGUCCAGUUCCUGGCUGGACAGUCAGAGACAAAAGUCAAUUUCUUACAAUGAUUCAUAGAGUCUCACUGGAUAUGCUUAAGAAAAAAGUUGAAGCAAAGAUAACAGACUUAAAUCGUGAAAAGAAGAUAAAACCAAGUAUUAAAAUAGAUAGAAAAAUAGAAACCCUAAGACAUGAAAUUGUUCUUAUUAAUAAAAUGACAUUAAAGCAAUCAGCAUUACCAAUAGGUGAGGAAUAUGAUUGGGAGUCUAUAGCUGAAAGGCUUAAUAAUCGCCAUUCCGCACAAGAAUAUGAAGCUCUAUGGAAAUUGUUUUUACAUCCCGAUAUUAAUAAAAAUGCAUGGUCUAAAAAUGAGCAUACAUCAUUACAGAAAAUUGCUUUUAAUAAUAACUUUCAAAAUUGGGAUGAUAUUGCUGCCAAACUAGGGACAAAACGAACUGGAUAUCAGUGUUUCGUUUAUUUCCGGACAAACAUGAACAACACAUUCACCGGUCAAAAAUGGACAAAAGAAGAAGAGGAAUAUUUGAAGAGGUUAAUUGAUUAUUAUAGAGAAGAUAAGUAUAUUCCUUGGGGUAAAGUGGCUACAUCAAUGGAAAAUAGAACUAAAAUACAGGUAUAUAACAAAUAUAAUAGACUAACAGAGCAAAGAAAAGGAAGAUUUUUACCCGAAGAGGACACAGUUAUUCUCACAUGUGCAGACAAAUUUGGACUUGACUUUAAGAGAAUGACAAAUUACUUACCAGGCCGUUCAUUAGGACAAUUGCGUAUACGGUAUCAAAUCUUAGCCAAGCAAAGAAUUUCAACGGUGUGGACUGUAGAGGAAGAUAAUAAACUUCUGCAAUUACUAGCAAACAAAAAAACUCCUACAGUAUAUUCAGAUCUGACUCAAUAUUUCCCUGGCAAAGAUAGAAUGCAUAUAAGAAGUAGACAUAUGACGUUAUUGAAAUGGAUGAAACUUCAUCCUCAUAGCGAUGUUUCAAGAGCACCAAGGCGAGCAGCACGACGUUUAGGUCAUGGACCACCUUCUGAUAAUAAUUUACACAAGGCAAUUGAAGAUCUAAAGAACCGAAUUAAGUCGGAAGUGGAAGAACGCAAAUGCAAAAAAAUUACAAUCAAAUCACCAGAAAGCGUUAUUGAAGAUGGUAUAAUGGCAACAUUAGUUAAUCAAAUCACAAAAAUUGAAGAAGCUAAAAAAUUGGAACAAUCACAAAAUGAAGUUUUGGAAUUUUUAGAAGACAUUGUUGUUUCACCUCAAGUUUUAAAUGCAACAAACAUAAAGAAAUUGCUUGUUUUAUUUAAAUCUAAGUUGAACAAAAGCAAAUUGAUAAAUUGUGAGUAUAGUAAAAAAUUUCCUGACUUAAUUGAAGGCCAUCGAGAAGUGUGUCUAGUGAAAAAGAAAUCCUAUUCAAAAAAAGAAUGUGAAAAAGUAGUUGUAAAAAAAAUUCCUGAUAUAUUUGGGACCAACACAUUAGACAAUUUAGAAUAUGUUUUGCCGCCGCAUUAUGCAACUAUAGUUGGCUGUAGACAAUUAAUGGCAUGGGUAUCAGAAAGUAAAAAAAAUAGAGAAUGCGAUAUUAAUUUGAAUGCACUAAUAAGAAAAAAUUGUUUAUUAAAAGAACAUUUUUUUCAGUUACUUGAAAGAUUUAAUUCACUCUUUUUGUGGCCCAUGUUACUUUCAAAUGAAUCCCCACAUUUGAACAAGGCAGUUGAGAAUAUUUUCAAUACAAGCACACCUAUUCUUAGUAUCAGUGACUCUACGGAGAAAAAUGCUAUUUCUAACUCUGUUGUGGAUGAGUUCCCAAACUUGACCAAUAACCAUACUGAACUUGAAGAACUAAAUAGUCACAAAGAUAAAUUGAAAUCCUUGGAUAACACUUGUACCGAAAAAUCUAUUUAAUAGUAAGCAUAGGAAGUGCAAUUGCAAAUUUCUGCCGUAACAACUUGAUAUAGAAUCAAAGAAUAUUGUGAAAUUUGAAUCUAAGCCAACACCAUUUGUUAUUUUUUAUUAUUAUCAUUCUUGAAAGUCAAAUCCCUUCCUUAAAAAAAGGUGUUGUUUAAAUGAAUACAUUAAUUUAUAAAUUUACUGCAAUAGAUGGAUGGAUAAAACUUCAUUUAGUAAAAACCUAUCAACCACAACUAGUAAUUUGUAAUGAUAUUUUCAUUAUAAUUGUCCAUUUUUUUUAAUACUCACAUAUAUUAUGGCUUAUUAGACAUAAAUAUAUUUCAUUUAAGACUGAGAACAUUGUAUGUAAGUUAUGUUAAAGUAAUUGUAACUUAAAUUAUCUAAUUUGUGUUAUAAAGUUAUGUAGCUAG